GGAAUCUUCAAAGCACCGUCCAUUUUCGCCUUCAUCGUUUUGGAUUUGGGGGAAAGCUCGCCUAAAAUACUUACAUACCCCUUCAACAGAACCUUCAUAAUAUGUCAGGAACGGGGACUUUCGGAGGCAUGGAGGAUGAGGAGCAAAAUUUUCCUCAGCAAACAGAAAAUGUACAACAUAAAGUGGCCCACAAAAGAAUGCAAGAGACCCAUGCUCAGAUCGAAGAAGUAACUGGCAUACUGAAAAAAAAUGUUGACCUUAUUCUUCAAAGAGAUGAGAAGCUUACAGACCUCGAUGGACGAGCAGACGCCUUAAACGACGAAGCAUCAGAGUUUGGAAAACAAGCUGGAAAAUUGAAGCGCAAAUUUUGGUGGAAAAAUUGUAAAAUGCUUGCAAUCCUUAUAGGAAUUGGAUUUGUCAUCAUUAUAAUAAUAAUAGUAUGGGCAGUUUCCAAAGAACAAUGAGAAGUUUGAAAAUUCUUUCUUCUUUGUCUUGAGUCAUUAUAAUUCUAUUUAUGGAUGUGAUUUAAUGGGUGUUCUUAAAGUGUACUUCUUGUGACAAGUAUCUUUUCUAUCUUAUCGAAUAUAUCCGUCUGUUAUUAACCUGUGAUAGAUAAGUAUGUUAUAUUUUAUUAUCAUACUAUGUGUCAUGUGUCGUGUUCUUCAGGGAUUUUGUUUAAUCAUUGUGCCAUAUCUAGUAGCGAGAGAAAAAUCUAUGUUAUCACUUCUCUUGAAUACGCUGCUGACUUGUAAGCAAAGGCAUAUGAAAACCAUGUCCGUACUUAUAAAAGUUUUGAAAUUCAGGAAUAUAAUUGCUAGUUAGUGGAAUCUGUGUAAGCGAUUUCGUAGUUUAAAUUAAAGCAAAGAAGAUAUUCUGAAGUAUACAAAUUACUUCUAAAUUUGAAAAAAAUGUGUCGGGAAAUGAAAUGUUGAACCGUACUUUUUAAAUAUUCUUGUAGAAGUAUUUGAGGUUCAAAAUUAUGUAUCUUACUCAUAUUUACUUAAUUUCAACUCAUAACGAAAAAUAAGAUCAAUAUUGCUGAAUCAAAAUUUGCAAACCUUUUUUAAUACUGAAUACUCCAUUACAAAGCUACAAAUAAAAACGCAAAUAAAUAUAUUUAUGACAAAAUUGCAUUUAACAGUGGCAGUAUAGAAAAAUAACAUCAAAUAACAUUCUAAAAUUUAAUCAUCACCAGUUUGUUUUAAUCAGUAUUAUUCUUUAGCUUUAAUAAAGGAAUUUAUUUGGUUGAUUAGAAAGUAAUUUCGGUUUUUUAGUGGGAAAUAAAACUUAAUUUUUUUCUGUGCAAAAAAUUAACUUUAAUCUGUCAUGUAUCUUCCAUUCUGUUCGGUGACCCUUUGCCAUUUUUCUGGUAACUUCUUGAUUCUGCUCACAUAGAACUUCUGGUCUUUAUCAGUAAAAAAACUCAACCAUAAGCAAUUUGUGGUCAUCGCUGUUGCUCAAAUUUUUGUCCUUUAAGAAGUUUUGUAAACUUCGAAAUAAAUGAUAACCCGAUACCGCAAAGUCCGGGGCUAUAUGAGGAAGGCGACAUCACUUACCAACCAAGCUCUAAUAAUUUCGUACAUGUUGCUAAAGAUGUGAGAAGCCUCGCAUUUGUCUUGGUGGAACACGAUUCCUUUGCGAUUUUCCAAUUCUGGCUUUUUCUCUUUGAUUGCUUCCUCCAACUUCAUAAGUUGUUGGCGGAAAACAAACGGAGCGAUCGUUUGGUUGCUUGAAAGCAGCUUAAUGUAUACAUCUUUGUAAUCCAACCAAACUGAUAUCAUGAUCUUUUUCUGGUGCAAUUUAGCUCUCGUUACGAUUUGUGCUGAUUUAUCAUGCUUAAACCACUAUCUUUUUGGAUUAAUGUUAUUGUAGACGAUCCAGUUUUCAUCGUUAGUGAUAAUUCGUUUAAAAAGAAAAGGAUCGACUGCAUUAUGUUUGAAAAGAAAAUCACAAAUAUUGAUUCGUUAAGUGAAUUCCUUUCAAUUCAUGUGGAACCCAAAUAUCGAGUUUCUUGACGAGUCCAAUACAUCUCAUAUCAUUUUCAAUUGCUGUGUGUGAUACAUACUCUUUUCGUAAUCUCUCUCACAGCUAUAUGACUAUGCGAUUCAAUUAUGGUUUUAAUUUUGUCGUCUUCACCAUCAGAAGGUCAGCCAGAACAUUGGUCGCCUUCAAGUGAAAGAUCUCUAGAACGAAAUGUUUUAAAACAGUUCUGGUAUAUGCGCUUCGCUAAGCAAUCAAUACCAUAAACUUCAUAUCUCUUUUUGAGCCUAAGCCACUUUCUUGCCUUAAUAAAAAUAAAAAUGUAAAAUAAGUCGAAAAUGUUUAUUUUUGCACCCGGUGUUAAAAUUGGCUGUAAACGAACAGUUGCAAACAAAAAGUGCAUGGAAUUUGUUCCUGUAGCAACCUAAAAGUGUCAAUUGCCAAAUCACAAAAAGGGAAAAAAAUUGUCAGAAGAAUAACGAAACGAAUAUAGCGCUAUCAAUUUGUGCAAACCAAAAUUAGCUUUCUUGCCAACUCAAUACUAUCAGUGAGGAAGAAAUAUUUAACUUAAAAUAUUUUUAGACUAAAAUAAACGUAAUACUUCCAUUUAUUACAUGUUACAUAGUUAAGUAUAAUUUGCAAAGACUUGCAGUUAAAAAAAACUAUUUUUUAAUACUUCUUCUAUUUUUGAUCAUAUAAGUUUGCUUAGCUAACGAAGCAAAGAUAGCAGUAUAUUAAAAUACCUUCACUUUUAUGUUAUUCAUCUUGAUAAGUAUAAUGAAAUUCCUCUUGAUUAAGACAGAGAGCAAAACAGCUGUUUUAAGAGUCUUUCAUGUUCGAGUGCCUUUUAAGUAUUUUGCAAAAUGGCAUAAAAUAGCACUAUAAACGCAAGAAAUGUGUGGAACAGUCUCUCUCUCUAUAUAUAUAAUUACAUGCAUACUAACAAGAAAUAAACUUCGAAUUCUUUAACUUCAUUUUUGCCCCAUCAUUUUCAUACUUUUGAUACAAUGACAAUGUUUUGCUACUGCAAAGAAAAUACUUUCUUUUCCUAAUGUCGCUGAUAUUUUUAAAUAAUAGAAAAAGUAAUGCAAUUUGAUUUGUUUUUAUCGUUAUGCGUAUUUUUAAAAUGGUUAAAGUUAUUCAGUAAAUAUUCAACUGCGAAAAUUUCUCUAAAUUUUAUUUAUUUUUAAUUAUUAUUUUUCUCUUAAAUAAGAAAAGCUUUCAAUUAUUUUCCUUAUUCCCACUAAAGUUUUUUUGUUUUAACAUGCUAUCUUUUAACUGAUUUUUCUAUAGAAUAAGACAAACCUAAAAUUUAUAUUAAUUUAUUUUUGUACAAAGCUAUGCUAAAUAUCUUAUUGCCCCUUUAUAUAAGGACAGCGUCAUUCCAAAGCCAUUCAUUUAUGUUUUUUUUGUUAUUUUCCUUCAUGUACAUUUUCAUUGAUAUUUAUCGGUGUUUUUCUCUACUCUAAAAAAGAGAAAAAUUCACAUUUUAUGUGACAUAUAUCUGUAAAUUCUUGCAUAUAUUUACAACUCGCAUUAUACUGAAGCAAAUGCUGCAAGCGUUUUCUUCUGUGAAAAAUCUUUAAGUACACUUUUCAACUUUUAAGCAUGCUUUGCUCGAAAGAAUGAUUUUACUUUUUACAUGCUUUUUUUCUUUUCGUAACUAUCCCACCAGCGGCAACCGAGCGGUAAAUUCGCUGAACACUGGC